AUGGUGAAUGAAUACAAGAAAAUCGUUCUACUGGUAGGAUUAGAGGCCAUCGAUGGUUAUGAAUUUCACACAAUUAAGUCUUUACUGGCCCAUGAUUUAAAAUUGACUAAAAAAUUGGAAGAUGAAUAUAACAGAAUGAAGAUUGCUGACUUGAUGGAAAAAAAGUUCCAAGGUGCUGGCUGUGUGGAAAAACUAAUGGAAUUGUUCAAAGGUAUACCAGCACUUGAAGACCUCAUUAGAAAGCUUCAGACUGAGAAAUUAAAAGGUAAAAAAUCAAAGAAAAAGAAAAAAACUCCAUUGAAACAGAGAAAUCAGAAGGAAGUGCGUUCUGUUACACCUGCACCCACCACAAGUAAUGCUCUGACAUCCAAAGCAGCAGAGGAGACUCCUGGAGCUGAGCUAAGAAAAUUAAACUACAUUCAGAAAAGGAAAUAUACAACCGAAGAAAAGACUGGGACCAAAAGGAAAAAGGUGUCCCAGGAGCAGAGUCCGCUUCCCUGUCCUGCAGGAGCCAGCGUAUCUGCAACCAUGUGCCAUCCCCCACCUCCCCAGAUCUCAUCAUCAACUCCAUCCAACACUUCCUUGACUCAGAACACUCAGGCCAAAUGUCAGGUUGCCAUAGGAAAUGUUCUCCAAAAGGGUCCAGCCACAGUGAUGGUACUGAAAGCAACAGAGCCAUUUGAAUAUGAGUCCCCAGAAGGGGGCAAAAACACAAUGUUUCAUGCUACAGUGGCUACUGAGAGUCAAUUUUUCCAAGUGAAGGUUUUCAAUACCAACUUGAAAAAGAAAUUCACAAAAGAUAAGGUCAUUAUAAUAUCUGAUUGCUUUGAAUGCAAAGGAAUCCUGGAGACAAAUGAAGCAUAAUCUGUGUAUGAAGCUGGUCUUGAUCAAAAGAUUACAAUCCCAAACAGCAUUAUCAAAAGAGCAAGUGAAACUCCCAAGAUUGAUCAUCUUUACAAGCAAGCAUCAGGAACAAUAGUGUAUGGGCUGUUUCUGUUACAAAAGAAACAAGUGAACAAGAAGAGUAUCUAUGCAAUACAGGAUAAUACAGGAAACAUGGAUGUAGUGGGGAAUGGAAAAUGGCACAAUAUCAAGUGUGAGAAAGCAGAUAAACUUCAGCUCUUCUGCUUUCAACUGAGAACAAUUGACCACAAACUGAGACUGAUGUAUGGAACCCACAGUUCCAUCAAGGUCAUCAAAACCAAGAGAAGCAAGAAAAGACCAAACAAUUCAAAUUUAAAUUUGGAAAUUGAAAUAGAAACCCCCCUGCAAGUGAAUUAG